AUGCACCUGCUAAUUGUGUUCGAUACGAGAUAUGAGGAUCAAAAAGUGAAACGUCAAGUGAUUAGCACUAUAUUUGUGCUGAACGAGAUGCCCCACAAUCAAUGGGGCAUACCAAUGGGGCUUAGACCAUCUAUGCAUCUAUGGGGCAUACCCAUGAGGCAUAGAUGGUCUAUUGGGUAUGGGUAUGCCCCACUGGACAUGGGGCAUUCUCAAAAGCAUUUUACCAACCAUUUCCCUUUAUAG